AUGGGGACGCUGCCGGUGCCACCAAGCUCAGAGGAUGCAAAGGUUAUUGGCCAAGAAGAAGCUCAUGACCAGGAGAAGCAACUUGAUGCUGGUGCUCUUUUUGUUCUUAAAUCCAAAGGAUCAUGGGUGCACUGCGGUUAUCACUUGACAACUUCAAUAGUUGCUCCAGCGCUGCUGAGUCUGCCGUAUGCUUUCACCUUCCUUGGAUGGGCGGCUGGGAUUUUUUGUUUGGUCAUCGGAGCAAUCGUGACCUUCUAUUCAUACAAUUUACUCUCUUUGGUUCUUGAACAUUAUGCUCAAUUGGGUCAUCGCCAUCUCCGAUUCAGAGACAUGGCUCAUGACAUUCUAGGGCCUGGAUGGAGUCGCUAUUUUGUUGGCCCAAGUCAGUUCCUCGUAUGCUAUGGUGCUGUUGUAGCCUGUACUCUUUUGGGAGGACAAUGCAUGAAGGCAGUUUACUUGCUGUCAAACCCAACUGGGACUAUGAAGCUUUACGAGUUUGUGAUCAUAUUUGGAUGCUUGAUGCUGUUUUUGGCCCAAAUCCCAUCUUUUCACUCACUGAGGCACAUCAACUUGGUGUCUGUUGUUCUUUGCUUAGCCUAUAGCGUUUGUACCGCUGCUGCUUGCAUCUACAUUGGAAGUUCUUCCAAAGGGCCGCAUAAGGACUAUUCCUUGAAGGGCAACACUCAAAAUCGCGUUUUUGGGGUCUUUAAUGCCAAUGCCAUCAUUGCUACAACAUUUGGCAAUGGCAUCAUUCCAGAAAUUCAGGCAACAAUAGCACCGCCAGUGAAGGGAAAGAUGUUCAAGGGAUUAUGUCUUUGUUAUGCAGUAGUUACAAUGACUUUUUCCAGUGUUGCUAUCUCUGGCUAUUGGGCAUUUGGUAACCAAGCUGAAGGCCUCAUACUUAGCAACUUCUUGGAUGACGGCAAACCUUUGGUGCCAAAGUGGUUCAUUUUCAUGACCAACCUUUUCACCAUACUCCAACUAUCAGCUGUUGGUGUGGUUUAUCUGCAGCCAACAAAUGAAGUGCUUGAACGAGCAUUUGUGGAUCCAAAGAGCGAAGAGUUCUCUACUCGCAAUGUGAUCCCGAGGGUAAUCUUUCGCUCGCUGUCUGUUGUCUUAGCAACAACCAUAGCAGCAAUGCUUCCAUUUUUUGGGGACAUCAAUUCAGUUAUUGGGGCUUUUGGUUUCAUACCCCUUGACUUCAUCUUGCCUGUUGUGUUCUACAACUUGACCUUUAAGCCCCCUAAAAAGAGCCCCAUUUUCUUGUUAAACACCACUAUUGCUGUGGUUUUCUCAAUCUUGGGCGUUAUAUCUGCAAUUGCUGCUGUAAGACAAAUGAGCCUCGAUGCCAACAGUUAUCGGUUAUUUGCUAAUGUAUGA